CAAAGCUCGAAAGUCGAUUCCCUUCAUUUCCCUCCGGAUGGCUUCCUUGGAUCGUUCCCUCUCCUCUCUCCUCCUCUCCAAAACCCAUCCCUUCCGUCCUCAAAACCCUACCCCUAGAUUUCUCUUCCCUCAAACCCUCUCCUCCUUCAAAGUCUCCGCCAAAAUCCAGCAGCAGAAAAGCAACGGCAGCAGCAGAGAAUCUUCCAUUUCCGAGAAGAAAUCAUUCGCAGUCGUCACCGGUGAGCUCUUCCUAGGCCUUGCUUCCAUGCUCGUCAGGCGAGUAAACUCCAACAAGGGUUCAGAUUCCGGCCCUCCCGUUGGUAUAUUUGACGAACGAGAGAAAUCGGUCCAGGGCCCGUAUGCUCAGGUCGUGCAGGACCGGAUUGCGUCUGUUGUGGAGGAUUCGAUCAAUCCGGAUGUGAUCUGGGAGCAGCGUCUGAAGGACGUGGAGGCAGAGAGGGGACUGAAGAAGGUUACGAGCCCUGGGUUUAGCUUCUCCGCCGCAGGGCUCCUGUUUCCGUACCAUCUCGGUGUUGCACAGUUCCUUCUAGAGAAAGGGUAUAUCAAGGAAAGCACACCGUUAGCUGGUUCAUCAGCUGGUGCCAUAGUCUGUGCAGUAAUUGCCUCUGGAAGCAGCAUGCAAGACGCUCUAAAAGUGACCAAAAUACUGGCUGAGGAUUGCCGACUCAAAGGCACAGCUUUUCGCUUGGGGGCUGUUCUGAGGGAUGUUCUUGACAAGUUUCUGCCGGAUGAUGUUCAUAUAAGGUCCAAUGGAAGGGUUCGUGUUGCUGUCACACAGAUACUUUGGAGGCCUAGGGGCUUACUCGUGGAUCAGUUUGACUCCAAGGAAGAUCUCAUUGAUGCCGUCUUUACCUCUUCCUUCAUUCCAGGGUAUCUAGCUCCAAGGCCUGCAACAAUUUUCCGCAAUCGCCUUUGCAUUGAUGGGGGUUUGACAUUGUUUAUGCCACCAACAUCUGCAUCAGAAACGGUCCGUGUUUGUGCUUUCCCAGCUGAUCGGUUGGGAUUGAGAGGGAUUGGGAUUAGUCCAGAUUGCAACCCAGAGAAUAGAGCUACUCCAAGAGAGCUUCUUACGUGGGCACUGGAGCCAGCAGAAGAUGAAAUUCUCGACAGACUCUUCGAGCUUGGAUAUCUAGAUGCAGCUGUGUGGGCUGAGCAGAAUCCCAUGGAAGCAAUCGUGCAAGAUGAUCGCAUCACUGAAAGCACGUGAAUUGAAAUGGCUGAUGAAAGACACCAAUUUGUAGAAGCUUCUCUUUUCCUAACCUUACUCAGCAUCAGGCACUCAGGUAAAAACAAAGAAUCCCAGCAUAGCAUCAGCAAUUUUGCCUGUGCUCGAUGACAGAAAGCUGUCUUUUAGUUGACAGGACAAUGGUUGCUUGGAAUGGUGUUCGUUGGCAUUCAUUAACGGAUCUUGCUCCAAAGCAAUAAAGGCAACCUACAUGCAGGAACAAGGCAAUUAGAGAUUUAUCCUUGCUGUUAUUUAUUCAUAACCAUACACAAAUAUACAUGUUAGAUUGGCAAUUUGUAUAGUAUAAGAUGUCGAAAUUAGUGCAAGUUAGAUAUGAUAGAUGUUUGAUAGGCAUAGCUUCAGAUGGAAGCUGAGGCAAAUAUAGUUCAAUUUCUGGCACUAGCAUCGGCAGCAGGUCCCUGUAUGGGAACUGAAAAGGAGAAAAAUAUGUCAUUCUUUUAUGAACCAUUGUAAGAAGAUUCUGAAAAAAAAAAUAAAAAAUUUGUUUAUUUCUGAUUUGUAUGUGAA